GCUGCAGUGUUGGGGUGCUAAGCAGGCUCCCCAAAGCCACCCCUUCUGGGUAAGGCUCCCAUCAGGCCAAACAGCUGUGGAAGGUGUACUGUGCAGCCCCGUGCUCCUCCUCGUUGCUCCCUGAAGCUGUUGGUUCCUGAACGCAGCUUGGCAUGGAGCAGCCUCUUGAGCAUCCCGGGCAGCCCACGGAUGGUGAGGCUGGCACAGCUGGUGGGGAUGACGGUAGCAUGAGUGAGAACCCCUAUGCGGGGCUGGUGAGCCAACUGCGGGCAGCCUGGCUCUCAGGGAGGACACGCUCCUUGGAGUACCGCAUGGCACAGCUGGAGGCCCUGGGCCGAUUCCUGGAGGAGAAGAAGCAGGACAUCCUGGAGGCCGCCGCCUUGGACAUGCGCAAGCCACCCUUCGAGGCUGAGUUCUCUGAGGUCCUUCUGUGCAAGAACGAGCUCAAUGAAGCCCUGAACAACCUGUCCCGGUGGAUGAAGGACAAGCAUGUGGACAAGAACCUGGUGACGCAGCUGGACUUGGCUUUCAUCCGCAAGGACCCCUAUGGGGUAGUGCUCAUCAUUGGGCCCUGGAACUACCCCAUCUACCUCCUCCUGGUGCCCCUCAUUGGGGCCAUCGCUGCUGGUAACUGUGCCAUCAUCAAACCCUCAGAGCUGACCAAGAACAGUGAGAAACUCAUGGACGAAGUGCUGCCCAAAUACUUGGACAAAGAGUGCUUUGCCGUGGUGACUGCUGGUGUGGAGGAGACCACCAG